CAAGGUUAUUGACAACCCUGUGCAGUAACGACAUUUCCGUAGACUUUAGUUUCUAAACACUUCAAAUUCAAAUCAUUUUGCCCGAAAUGCGUGUUACUCUGUCCCGGUUGGCCAGCUUCACUCCAAAGCUGAAGGAGCUGAGGAUCAUACUGGAUCCCAAAGGGGAGGCCUCCAAGGGAGCCAGGGAAUAUGUGGAAAGAUUCUAUCCAAACCUCAAGAAACACAACCCAGAUCUUCCGAUCCUGGUGCGCGAGUGCUCCGGCGUCCAGCCGCGGCUCUACGCCCGCUAUGGCAACGGCAAAGAGGUCUCCCUGUCCCUGGCCAACCAGGCUGCUCCCGACAUACACAAAAACCUGGAGGCAGUGGGCAAAUAGUUCGUACGCUUAGAAAUCUCUCUUAGGCGGCAAUAAAUACGUAUAUGCGCAAAUACGCGUAUAUUAAGUAACACAUUA